AUGACCUACAGCACCAAGCCGAACAAUCUGAAGGCCAGAAACUUCUUCCACUACAACGGGCUGAUCCAUCACAAGACGGUGGGCGUGGAGCCCGCGGUGGACGGGAAGGGGAUUGCGGUGGUGCUGAAGAAACGGGCAGGCCAGCGCAAGCCAGCCACGUCCUAUGAGAAGACAACCAUUAACAAGAACGCCUGGACUACGCUCAGCAGCCUGCGCCACAUCAUCUGCAAGAACAACUACCGCAGGGAUCUGCGCAUGGCCGCUCUGCGCCGCACCAGCACCAUCCUGCGGAGCCAGAAGCCAGUGGUGGUGAAGAAGAAGAGAACCUGGGCUACCAAGAUGGCGUGAAUGGCUAGCAUGUCCCAAUAAAGGGUUCAAACC